AAAUGAAUCUUUUUUAAUUAAUAGGUAGCAUAAUACCUCAUCCUGGUGUGGAUAGUAACUAUGAUUCUGCAUGUAAAGAGAUAAAUGAUACCAAUGAAGAAUUGGAAUCUUAUCGAAAACAGCAAUGCAAAAACCUUAACUGUUCUAUGAUCAAGUAUGUUAAUGUUGGAAAAAAUCGUUUCUUAUUGGAGGUACCAGAAAAUCAAAAAUUUCCAAGCUAUUAUGAAUUUAUUGGUGCAAAAAAGGGCUUCAAGAGAUUUUAUACGAAGGAUAUUAAAGACCUAUUAUCAGUUUUGUCUGCAGCUGAAAAUACUAGAGAUACUGCUUUACGAGAUACCACUAGAAAAAUUUUUGAACUAUUUGAUAAACACUAUAAGAAGUGGCAGAAAGCAGUCCAAUGCUUAUCAACUCUUGAUGUUUUACUAAGUCUGACUAUUUACUGUAAAACAAAUGAAGAAAGUGUUUGUAGGCCCAAAUUUCGUUCCAGAGUUAACAAUGAAAAGCCUUAUCUUGAAAUUAUUGAUGGAAGACAUCCUACAUUUUCAAAGUUGUACACUGGCAAAGAUUAUAUUCCUAAUAGUGUGUACAUGGGGGAAAAAGACAAUUCACGUGAUGGUAAUGAAGGCGGAAUAGUUGUUUUAGUUACUGGACCUAACAUGGGUGGAAAAUCCACAUUAAUGAGACAAACUGGAACCCUUUUGGUGAUGGCUCACUUGGGCUGUUAUGUCCCUGCUGAUUCAAUGGAACUAACUCCAGUAGAUAGAAUUUUUACUAGAGUUGGAGCCAAUGAUAAAAUUUUCAAAGGAGAAAGCACAUUUUUUGUUGAGUCUAGUGAAACUGCCAGUAUAUUGCACCAUGCUACUAGAGAUUCAUUUGCUCUUAUUGAUGAACUUGGUAGAGGAACUGCUACCUAUGAUGGGGCAGCUAUUGCUUAUGCCACUGCAAAACAUUUAGCUAAGAACAUAGGCUGCCGCACUUUAUUUUCAACUCAUUAUCAUGCUCUUGUGGAGGAUUUUCAUGGUGUGCCGAAUGUUGGACUUGGACACAUGGCAUGCAUGGUUGAAGAUGAUAGUGGAAGCCCCACUUUAGAAAAAGUGACAUUUCUUUAUAAAUUUGUUAAUGGUGCUUGUCCUAAGAGCUAUGGCUUCAAUGUUGCUCGAUUGGCUGGAAUAGAUGAAGAGAGUGUUCGCAGAGGUUUCAUUAAAGCGCAGCAAAUGGAUUGUGGUGCUAGAAUUUCAAAAUACAUCAGAAAUCUUAUGGCUGUAAAGUCUGCUGAGGAAAUAAUCAAAGCUUUGUGAAGAUAAGAUUUGUAUGUAUAGCAUAAUAUUUUAUGCCUUUUUGUACUGAAUAUUGUAAAUUUCACAUGAAGAUUCGUGUUUUUCAGUUUCUAUUGUCAUAGUCAUACUGUAAAUUUUUCAAUAAAGUCAGUAGGAAUAGA